AAGAUGGCGUCAAGCGGAGGAGAUGGGGAGCACGAAUGGACAGCGGCAGUUCGGCCGCUUUUAUCAGCUUCAUACACCGCUUUUGAAACAAAAGAGCUACCUCAGCUGAUUGGCUCUAUAAUCAACAGUGAAUCAGACAUUCUUCACCAUGACAAACAGUAUGAGCCUUUCUACUCGUCCUUUGUGGCUCUUUCUGCACAUUACAUCACCACAGUUUGUGGGCAAAUACCAAGAAAUCAGUUGCUGUCGGUUGCAGCAGCAUGUAAGGUAUUGAUUGAAUUCUCAUUGCUGCGCCUGGAAAACCCUGAUGAAGCAUGUGCAGUAUCACAGAAACACCUGAUUCUUCUGAUAAAAGGACUUUGUACUGGCUGCAGCAGACUAGAUCGCACAGAGAUCAUUACUUUCACUGCUAUGAUGAAGUCUGCCAAGUUACCUCAAACUAUCAAGACCCUCUCAGAUGUGGAAGACCAGAAGGAGUUGCCCAGUACUGUGAACCCAGAGCUUCGACAAAAAGAAGUACAAAUGAACUUUUUUAAUCAGUUGACUUCUGUUUUCAAUCCGGACCUCACCACCAUCCUGUCCUCUCCCUCAGCAGCACACAUGCAGGCUGAGAGUGAUUGUGAUGACCAAACCACAGAUCAAGCCGUUCAGGUCAAAAUGAAGAAUGCUUUUGUCUCUCAGAAUGUGUCAAGCUUACAAGAACUUGGUGGGUCUGAAAAACUACUACAAGUGUGUCUCAACCUGCCCUACUUUCUACGUUACAUCAACCGCUUCCAGGAUGCAGUUUCAGCCAACUCUUUCUUUAUCAUGCCAGCCACAGUGGCUGAUGCCACAGCUGUUCGCAACGGAUUUCACUCCCUGGUAAUUGAUGUCACCAUGGCUCUGGACACACUUUCCUUGCCUGUACUAGAACCUCUGACACCAGGGAGACUGCUGGAUAUGACUGUGCUGGCCUUGAGUUGUCUCUAUGCCGGUGUGAGUGUGGCCACGUGCAUGGCCAUUUUACAGGUUGGUAGUGGCUUGCAGCUUCGCUCUGCCUCCACUGGAACCAAAGAGGAGGAUUAUGAAAAUGAUGCUGCCACAAUUGUUCAGAAAUGUCUGGAAAUCUAUGAAAUGAUUGGACAAGCAAUCAGCAACUCUCGAAGAGCUGGAGGAGAGCAUUAUCAGAACUUCCAGCUGCUUGGAGCCUGGUGCCUCUUAAACAGCCUGUACCUGAUUCUUAACCUGAGCCCAACUGCCCUGGCAGACAAAGGGAAAGAGAAGGACCCCCUGGCCGCUCUGCGCGUUAGGGAUAUUGGAGCUCGCACAAAGGAUGGGGCAGGAUCACCUAAACUUGGUCCUGGCAAAGGACAUCAAGGGUUUGGAAUUUUGUCUGUCAUUCUGGCCAACCAUGCCAUCAAACUUUUGACUUCACUUUUCCAGGAUUUGCAAGUAGAGGCGCUACACCGGGGUUGGGCAAGUGAUGGGCCACCUGCUGAGCUCAACAUCAUGGCACAAAGCACUUCGAUCCAGAGGGUUCAAAGACUCAUCGACUCUGUGCCCCUGACAAAUCUAUUCUUCAAUCUUCUCUCCACUUCCUACAAAAAGGCUUGUGUUCUCCAGCGCCAAAGGAAGGGCUCAGUUAGCAGUGACGCAAGUGCUUCUACAGAUUCAAACACCUACUAUGAGGAUGAUUUCAGCAGUACGGAGGAGGAUAGCAGCCAAGAUGACGACAGUGAACCCAUCUUGGGACUGUGGUUUGAGGAAACUAUUUCACCAACUAAAGAUAAAGUGGCUCCACCACCUCCUCCACCUCCUCCACCCCUUGAGACUUCUCCCAGACUAAAGAGCCCUAACAAACAGAAUCCAAGUGAAAAUGGCAACAUUUUAGCGGGCCGUAAGGAUCCAGAGCUGUUCCUCAGUUUGGCCUCUAGCAUUUUGAAUUUCAUCACCACCUCAAUGCUGAAGUCCAGGAACAACUUCAUCCGCAACUACCUGAGUGUGUCUCUUACAGAACAACACAUGGCUACACUUGCUAGUAUCAUCAAAGAUGUGGACAAAGAUGUCAAAGGUUCAUCAGAUGAAGCGUUUUCCUUAGCUCUGUACCACUUCAACCACACACUUGUCACCUCAGAUCUUCCAUCUCCGGUCUUGCAGAAUACUCUUCUUCAACAAUUAGGGGUCGCUCCAUUUUCAGAGGGUCCCUGGCCUCUCUACAUUCAUCCUCAGUCAUUAUCGGUCCUCUCCAGACUUCUUCUGAUUUGGCAACACAAAGCCAGUGUUCAAGGAGAGCCAGAUGUGCCUGAGUGUAUGAAAGUGUGGGAAAGAUUUUUAGGAACCUUGAAGCAACACACCCUCCAGGGUUCUAUUCAAGGAGAAGAUGACCUUAAUGUAGAACACCUCCAGCUUCUGUUGCUUCUUUUCCAUAAUCUGUCGGAGCGGGGCCGGCGAUCGGUGCUUACCAUGCUCACUCAGGCUAUUGCUGAAGUGGCGCAGAGCAGAGACUCCCAGCUGAAGUCUGUACCACUCAACAUGGCCCGCCUGUUACUCGUCUUUGACUACUUGCUGCGCCACUACUCCAAGGCUCCCUUAUACCUUUUUGAACAGGUGCAGUACAAUCUACUAACGCCACCAUCUUCUGGGCCAAGUUCUGCUCAAGAAGGAGGCAAGCGCAGCAGUCUGCCACUUUAUUAUGGCUUUAAAGAGGUGGAGGAGAACUGGACUAAACACUGUUCCGCAGACGCAAAUGUCCAGCCCAAAUUUUACUGUGUGCUAUCUCCUGAGACAUCUGAAGAUGACAUCAACAGACUAGACAACAAGGUUUUUUCAAAGCUGGUUAAUGGGGGAGUUAAAUACGAUGAACUGUAUGCUUGGCUCAUCUCACUCCUGGAAGCUGGUUCUGAGUUUGACACAGCCAGAAGACAAGAAAACAAACCUAUCACUCCUAUGGAGGCCUGCUCCCUUCAGUACUACUUUCUGAUACUGUGGAGAAUCCUGAGCGUGUUGCCACCUUCAAAGGCUUUCAUGGAGCAGUUAAAGAAUGGUUGCAGCGACCCCAGUGAAAGUGAUAUCCUGCAUACGCUGCGAUGGUCCUCACGCCUGCGGGUCUCUACAUACGUCAACUGGAUAAAGGAACAUUUGCUUAAACAAGGACUGAAAGCAGACCAAGCUGCCUCGCUUGUUGAGAUGACAGCUGCCAAGUGCAGCACUCUUAAGUAUGAUGUAGAGCUAGCAGAGGAGUACAUUGCCAGACAGAUUUCCACCUUCUCAAGUGUAGAUCCAAAUGUUGUCCUUCCACUUCAUCAGUUGCCUUCUCUUCAAGCUAUCUAUUCUCUGGAUGCAGUCAUUUCCAAAGUACAAGUUUCUUUAGAUGAGCAUUUGUCCAAAGUUGCAAUCGAGGCUGAUGCCCACAAGUCAUCGGAUAUAACUAAAAACCUGCUGCCUGCCACACUGCAGCUCACUGACAUUUACACAGCCUUCACAAGAUCUUACCUACUGAUGAACAUCCCAGAGGAAGGUGAAAAUAAAUUGACUGAUGCCAAGCUCCAAGGCUAUGCUGCAGUUCUGUCCAUUGGCUCAACCCGCUGCAAGGCCAACCUGCUGGGCCAUAGUUUAAUGCAGAACUUACCAUCGGCUGUACAGACAACAUGUGAGACUUGGAACAGCAUCCACACUAAUGAAUUUCCCAACAUUGGCUCAUGGCGAAAUGCGUUUGCCAAUGAUACCAUACCAUCGGAGAGCUACAUCAGCGCCAUCCAAGCAGCUCAUCUGGGUACACUGAGUUGUCAGUCCCUGCCUCUGUCCUCUUCUCUUAAGCACAUCCUUCUCUCCUUGGUUCGCCUCACAGGUGACCUUAUUGUUACAGAGGAGUUAAAUCCCUCUCAGGUCGUGAGCAGUCUACUGCCUUUGCUCCUGGAGACGAGCACAGAGUGUGUGGCAGAAAUCAGCAGCACCUCGCUGGAGCGCAUCCUUGGGCCAUCAGAGUCUGAUGCCUUCCUAGCCCGUGUCUAUGAGCGUUUGGUGACUGGAUGUUACAACAUUAUUGCCAAUCAUUCAGACCCACAAAGUGGUCUGGAUGAGUCUAUUCUUGAAGAAUGUCUUCAGUACCUUGAAAAACAGCUUGAGAGCAGUCAGGUCCGAAAGGCAAUGGAAGAAUUCUUCUCGUUCAGUGGUGAACUUGUCCAGAUUAUGAUGGCAACGGCCAAUGAAAACUUGUCUGCAAAGUUCUGUAACAGGGUGCUGAAGUUCUUCACGAAGCUUUUCCAGCUCACGGAAAAGAGUCCCAAUCCAAGCCUAUUAUGUUUGUGUGGCUCUCUGGCGCAACUGGCCUGUGUGGAGCCGCCUCGUCUGCAGUUAUGGCUGACACGAAUGACAGCCAGCCCACCAAAGGACUCGGAGCAGCUGGAGGUUGUACAAGAAAAUAGACAGCUUCUUCAGCAGCUUACCACUCAUAUUGUGCGUGACAAUAGUCAGGUGGGCGAAGGCGUUUGCACCGUUCUCCUCAGCACACUUAUCCCCAUGGCAACAGAUAUGUUGACCAAUAGUGAUGGAACGGGCUUUCCUGAGCUCAUGGUGAUUAUGGCCACGCUUGCCAGUGCUGGACAGGGAGCUGGUCACUUGCAGCUUCACAGAGCCGCCAUUGAUUGGCUAACCAGAUGUAAAAAGUAUUUAACACAGAAGAAUGUCGUGGAGAAAGUAAGCACAAAUUUGUCUCAUGGAAAGCAUACCAAUAUGCUGGAAUGCUCAUGCCACAUAAUCUCCUACUUGGCUGACGUGAUGAAUGCCCUGCGGCAAAGCAGUGGCCAGGGAACCUCAGCGCUUCUCGUAGAGGGAGAGGAGAAGGCGAUGGAAGUGGACUCGGACUGGGUUGAGGAGCUUGCAGUGGAGGAUGAUGAUUCCCAAGCAGAGGACUCUGAUGAAGACUCCCUUUGCAACAAACUUUGCACCUUUAUCAUCACUCAGAAAGAAUUCAUGAACCAACACUGGUACCACUGUCACACUUGUAAGAUGGUGGAUGGGGUAGGUGUAUGCACAGUGUGCGCCAAGGUCUGUCACAAAGACCAUGAGAUCUCCUAUGCCAAAUAUGGCUCUUUCUUCUGUGACUGCGGUGCCAAAGAGGAUGGCAGCUGCCAGGCUUUGGUUAAACGUAGCCCUAGCAGUGGCAUGGGCUCUACUCUCAAAGAAACUUCAGCCUUCCAGAGUGAGCUGCGAAUGCCUGAAAGUGCUAUCCGCCAUCAGAAUGCCUCUCCCUCUGACAAAGGCAAGGUUACUAUUUGUGAUGGCAAAUCCAGUGAUGAAGAGAAACCUAAGAAGAACAGUGUGUGCAAGAGCAUUGAGGGCUGCCAGCAGGAGUUGCUUACACAAGUGAUGGAGUCGUCCACUGCUGCAGCCAUUCUCGAGAUGCUCAUGUUUCUCAUGGAAGCAAUCCAGAUAAACUUCCAGCAAGCAUCAGCAGUAGGAAGCAGCAGCCGGGCCCAGAAAGCUCUCAAUGAGCUGCACACUCAGGACAAAAAUGUUGAAAUGACAGACCAGUUAAUGGUGCCCACACUUGGCUCUCAAGAAGGAGCUUUUGAGAAUGUGAGGAUGAAUUAUAGUGGCGACCAAGGCCAAACUAUACGUCAGCUCAUCAGUGCACAUGUCCUGCGGCGUGUUGCCAUGUGUGUUCUCUCCUCACCUCACGGUCGUCGUCAACAUCUUGCAGUUAGUCACGAGAAGGGAAAGAUAACAGUUCUGCAGUUGUCCACUCUCCUGAAGCAAGCGGACUCUAGCAAGAGGAAACUGACACUGACCCGACUGGCCUCUGCCCCAGUUCCUUUCACUGUCCUCAGUCUCACAGGCAACCCUUGCAAUGAAGAUUAUCUUGCCGUGUGUGGCCUAAAGGACUGUCACGUAUUAACUUUCAGCAGUACAGGCUCUGUGUCUGACCAUCUUGUGUUACAUCCGCAACUGGCUACAGGGAAUUUCAUCAUCAAAGCAAUCUGGCUGCCAGGCUCUCAAACUGAACUUGCCAUCAUUACAGCUGACUUUGUCAAGAUCUAUGACUUGUCAGUGGAUGCCCUGAGUCCCAUGUACUACUUCCUGCUUCCCAGCUCCAAGAUUCGAGAUGCUACAUUCCUUUUCAAUGAAGAGGGAAAAAACAUCAUUGCAAUCAUGUCCUCAGCAGGUUACAUGUACACUCAGAUAAUGGAUGAAACUAGCAGAGCCCAACAUGGUCCUUUCUAUGUCACAAAUGUAUUGGAAAUAACCCACGAGGACUUGAAAGAUAGCAAUGGACAGGUGGCUGGUGGAGGUGUGUCUGUUUAUUACUCCCAUGUCCUUCAGAUGCUUUUCUUUAGCUACAGCCAGGGAAAGUCUUUUGCUGCCACAGUGAGCCGCAGCACCACUGAAGUGCAGAGGCUCUUUCCCAUCAACAUCAAAGGUUCUAAUGGAGGUAGCAGUAAGUUGUCACCUGCUUUGUGCCAAUGGUCAGAGGUCAUGAACCAUCCAGGUCUGGUGUGCUGUGUGCAACAGACUACUGGCAUACCGCUGGUAAUCAUGGUUAAACCUGAUACCUUCCUCAUUCAAGAGAUUAAAACUCUGCCUGCUAAAGCGAAGAUUCAAGACAUGGUAGCUAUUCGACACACUGCAAGUAAUGAACAACAGCGCACUACCAUGAUUCUUCUCUGCGAGGAUGGAAGCCUACGAAUCUACAUGGCAAAUGUGGACAACACAUCAUACUGGCUUCAACCGUCACUGCAACCCAGCUGUGGCAUCAGUAUCAUGAAGCCAGUUCGCAAGCGCAAAGCUGCUGCUGCGACUACUCGAACCUCCAGUCAGGUGACAUUCCCAGUGGACUUCUUUGAACACAACCAGCAACUGACAGAGGUGGAGUUUGGGGGUAAUGACUUGCUGCAAGUCUACAAUGGGCAGCAGAUCAAACACAGGCUCAACUCCACAGGGAUGUAUGUGGCCAACACAAAGCCUGGGGGAUUCACUAUAGAAGUGGUGAAUAACAACAGUUCGAUGGUGAUGACAGGCAUGCGAGUACAAAUGGGCACUCAGGCCAUUGAGAGGGCUCCUUCCUAUGUGGAGGUCUUUGGCCGCACCAUGCAGAUAAACCUGACAAGAGCCCGCUGGUUUGACUUCCCCUUCACCAGAGAGGAGGCCCUGCAGGCGGACAAGAAACUAUCAUUAUUCAUUGGAGCAUCAGUUGAUCCAGCUGGAGUCACCAUGCUUGAUUCAGUCAAAAUCUAUGGAAAAACUAAGGAGCAGUUUGGUUGGCCUGAAGAUCCACCUGAGGACUUCUCCUCUGCAUCAGUUAAUAAUGUGUGCAGUCCCAGUCUUAAUCAAAGCAGUGGCAAUUCUGAUGUAGAUAUAGCCACUCCCACCGCAACCACUGGCACUGUGCUAGAGAGAUUGGUGGUCAGCUCACUUGAAGCUUUGGAAAGCUGCUUUGCUGUGGGUUCAUCAAGUGAGAAGGAAAAGAACAAAGCUGCAGCACUGGAAAUGGCCACUUUACUUUUGUCCAUGCCGACUCCUGCAGGUGUGCAGCAUCAAACCAAAGGACUUCUUGCUAGCCUGCACACCAGCCGUACUGCUUACCACACUCAUAAGGACCAGUCCCUGCUGAGUAAUGCAGUGCAGUGUCUGAAUAGUUGCAGCCAUGAAGGAAGGGAGCUUGACCCAGAUGUCUUCCAGAGACUGGUGAUCACUGCUCGUUCCAUUGCAAUCAUGAGACCCAACAACUUGGUGCAUUUCACAGAAACCAAAUCAUUUCACCAUGACUCUGACUCAACAGAGGACGGACAUAAACUUGUGGAUGGCGAAAGCUGUAACUUCAUUGCUCAGCUAAUGAAUAACUUUUGGAAGCUUCAUUCUCAGAAACCAAAGAACGCAUUUCUUGCUCCUGCUUGCUUGCCUGGUCUAACACAUGUGGAAGCAACAGUGAAUGCUUUAGUAGACAUCAUACAUGCAUAUUGCACAUGUGAACUGGAUUACAUCAAUGUAGCUUCCAAGAUCUACAUGCAAAUGUUACUGUGCCCUGACACUGCUGUGAGCUUUGCUUGUAAGCAAGCUCUGAUCAGAGUGCUGCGACCAAGAAACAAACGACGUCACGUGACACUUCCAUCUCCCCCACGCUCUAACACACCUAUUGGAGACAAGGAUGAUGAUGACGACGAUGAUGCAGACGACAAAAUGCAGUCAUCAGUAAUGACUGGAGUAGAUGAAGGUCAACAGGAGAGCCAAGAGCAGAAUGAAGUGGAUCAUGGCGAUUUUGAGAUGGUGUCUGAGUCGAUGGUCCUGGAGACGGCAGAGAAUGUUACCAAUGGAAAUCCAUCUCCUCUUGAAGCUCUGCUGGCCGGAGCUGAGGGUUUCCCUCCUAUGCUUGACAUUCCUCCUGAUGCUGAUGAUGAAACUAUGGUAGAGUUGGCUAUUGCUCUCAGCCUUCAGCAGGACCAACAAGGCAGCAAUAGCAGUGCUCUUGGCCUUCAGAGCCUUGGCCUUUCUGGGCAGGCUCCAAGCUCCUCAUCACUUGAUGCUGGCACCCUUUCAGACACAACUGCCUCAGCCCCGGCAUCAGAUGAUGAGGGCAGCACAGCUGCUACUGAUGGCUCUACAUUGCGGACCUCCCCAGCUGAGCACGGAGGCAGUGUGGGCUCAGAGAGUGGGGGUUCUGCUAUCGACUCCGUAGCAGGGGAGCACAAUGUGUCAGGACGCAGCAGUGCAUAUGGAGACGCAACAGCUGAAGGUCACCCUGCUGGUCCAGGCAGCGUGAGUUCCAGUACUGGAGCAAUCAGUACCACAACAGCACAGCAGGAAGGUGAAGGCUCAGAAGGAGAAGCAGAGACUGAGGGAGACAUUCACACAAGCAACAGGUUGCACAUGGUUCGUCUCAUGCUACUGGAGCGUUUGCUACAACACCUUUCUCAGCUCCACAAUGUAGGCGGAGUUCAAGCCAUCCCAUACAUGCAAGUUAUUCUUAUGUUGACGUCUGACCUCGAUGGGGACGAUGAAAAGGAUAAGGGUGCCUUGGAUGACCUGCUUGCCCAGCUAAUUGCUGAACUUGGCAUACACAAAAGGGAUGUGUCCAAAAAGAAUGAGCGAAGCUCCAUUAAUGAAGUCCAUCUGGUUAUUAUGAGGUUACUUAGUGUUUUCAUGUCUCGUACCAAGUCUGGCUCCAAAUCUUCAACUGAGUCAUCCUCCCUGAUUUCCAACGCUACAGCAACAGCCUUGCUCAGCCUGGGUUCCAUUGAGUACUGUCUCCAUGUGCUCAAGUCACUCCUGGAGUUCUGGAAGAGUCAGCAGGGUGAAGAGGAGCCUGUGACCACCAGUCAGCUCCUCCGCCCCCACACUGCUUCCUCACCCCCUGACAUGAGCCCCUUUUUCCUUCGUCAAUAUGUCAAGGGACAUGCUGCUGAUGUUUUUGAAGCCUACUCCCAGCUGUUGACUGAAAUGGUCCUCCGGUUGCCAUAUCAGAUAAAGAAAAUUGCUGAUGCAAACCCACGAAUCCCACCUCCAGUAUUUGACCAUUCCUGGUUUUACUAUCUGUCUGAAUAUCUUCUGAUCCAACAGACACCAUUUGUCAGGAGACAAGUUCGAAAGCUGUUGCUGUUUAUCUGUGGCUCUAAGGAAAAGUAUCGCCAGCUGCGAGAUUUGCACACACUCGACUCACAUGUCCGCAGCAUCAAGAAGCUUCUUGAAGAGCAGGGCAUCUUCCUUCGUGCUGGUGUGGUCACGGCAACAUCUGGGUCCGCACUACAGUAUGACACACUGAUCAGUCUAAUGGAACAUUUGAAAGCAUGUGCUGAGAUUGCUACUCAGAGGACAAUCAAUUGGCAAAAAUUUUGCAUGAAGGAUGAUUCGGUGUUGUACUUCCUGCUUCAAGUCAGUUUCCUAGUGGAUGAGGGUGUUUCUCCAGUUCUUCUUCAGCUCCUCUCCUGUGCCCUUUGUGGUAGCAAGGUGAUAGCCAGCUCCUCUUCUACCUCUUCAUCAGCCUCAGGAGGUGGCUCGGGUAGUGCAGGACAGACUGGAGGUUCUCAGUCUUCUCAGAGCAAAUCUUCUAGUAAAAAAAGCAAAAAAGAAGACAAAGAAAAGGACAAAGAGGGUGACAGUGUCAGCAGCCAGGAAGAUCAGCUCUGCAUUGCUCUGGUCAGUCAGCUGAACAAGUUUGCAGACAAAGAGACGUUGAUCCAGUUCUUGCGUUGUUUCCUGCUAGAGUCAAACUCAUCCUCUGUGCGCUGGCAAGCCCACUGCUUAGCACUGCAUAUCUACAGGAACUCCAGCAAAUCUCAGCAGGAGCAGCUGCUCGAGCUGACGUGGGCCAUCUGGCCAGAGCUUCCUGCAUAUGGCCGCAAAGCUGCUCAGUUUGUCGACUUACUUGGAUAUUUCUCACUCAAAACUCCUCAAACAGAGAAAAAGCUGAAAGAAUAUUCCCAAAAAGCUGUGGAAAUAUUGAAGGCACAGAACCAUAUUCUAACAAAUCACCCCAACUCCAACAUUUACAACACUCUGUCUGGUUUGGUGGAGUUUGAUGGGUUUUAUCUGGAGAGUGACCCCUGCCUGGUGUGCAACAACCCAGAAGUUCCCUUCUCGAAUAUUAAACUGUCAUCAAUCAAAGUGGACACUCGUUAUACCACCACACAGCAGGUUGUCAAGCUUAUUGGCAGCCACACCAUCAGCAAAGUCACAGUCAAGAUCAGUGACCUCAAACGCACUAAAAUGGUCCGCACCAUCAAUCUCUAUUACAACAACAGAACUGUACAGGCCAUCGUGGAGUUGAAGAAUAAGCCUGCUCGUUGGCACAAAGCCAAGAAAGUUCAGCUUACCCCGGGACAAACUGAGGUGAAAAUUGACCUGCCCUUGCCUAUUGUCGCAUCCAACCUGAUGAUUGAGUUUUCGGAUUUUUAUGAGAACUAUCAAGCUUCGACUGAGACCCUGCAGUGUCCACGCUGCAGUGCUUCUGUUCCUGCAAACCCUGGGGUGUGUGGCAACUGCGGCGAGAAUGUGUAUCAGUGCCACAAGUGCAGGUCUAUCAACUAUGAUGAAAAAGACCCUUUCCUGUGCAAUGCAUGUGGUUUCUGCAAGUAUGCCAGAUUUGACUUCAUGCUGUAUGCUAAACCAUGCUGUGCAGUGGAUCCAAUUGAGAAUGAGGAAGACAGAAAAAAGGCUGUAACUAACAUCAACACAUUGCUGGACAAAGCUGACCGGGUCUACCACCAGCUGAUGGGACAUAGACCUCAAUUGGAGAGCCUCUUGUCAAAAGUUAAUGAGGCGGCACCAGAGAAACCCCAGGAUGAUACUGGAGCAGGCGCAGGGCUUGGCACAUCUACUGCUAAUGUGAACAGAUACAUUCAGCAGCUGGCUCAAGAAUACAGUGGAGACUGCAAGACAUCAUUUGAUGAGCUCUCUAAGAUAAUACAGAAAGUGCUUGCAUCUCGUAAGGAGCUUUUGGAAUAUGACCUGCAGCAGAGAGAGGCUGCCACAAAGUCAUCCCGGAGCAGCAGCAGCCACCAGCCCACUUUUACUGCCAGUCAGUACCGUGCUCUGUCUGUGCUCGGCUGUGGCCACACUUCAUCCAACAAGUGUUACGGAUGUGCCUCAGCUGUCACGGGCCACUGCAUCACGUUGCUGCGUGCAUUGGCCACCAAUCCAGCUCUCCGGCAGAUCCUUGUCCUCCAGGGUCUCAUUCGUGAGUUGUUUGAGUAUAACUUGCGGCGAGGUACAGCAGCCAUGAGGGAAGAAGUGCGGCAGCUGAUCUGUCUCCUCACCAGAGAUCAUCCAGAAGCCACCCAGCAAAUGAAUGACCUCAUUAUUGCUAAGGUGUCUGCUGCCCUCAAAGGUCACUGGGCUAAUCCUGACUUGGUUAGUAAUUUACAGUAUGAAAUGUUGCUGCUGACGGACUCCAUUUCCAAGGAGGGAGGAUGCUGGGAGUUAAGGUUGCGUUGUGCUCUCAGUUUGUUCCUCAUGUCAGUGAACAUAAAAACACCUGUAGUCGUUGAGAACAUCACUCUCAUGUGCCUGAGGAUCCUGCAAAAGCUGAUAAAGCCCCCUGCACCAACUAGCAAGAAAAACAAGGAUGCUGCAAUUGAAUCCCUGACCACAGUCAGACCCUACAGUAAUGAAAUCCAUGCCCAGGCUCAACUCUGGCUAAAGAAAGAUCCCAAAGCAUCUUAUGAUGCUUGGAAAAAGUGUCUCCCAGCUAGAAGCCAGGAAGCUGUGACUAAGCCUCAGGGGAAAGCUGAGUUACGGAAGCAGUAUCUACUGGAGAAGUAUGUAUGGAAGUGGAAGCAGUUCAUGAGGUCCAGGAAAGGUGAAGGUCUUUUCCCUCGCCUGCUCAAACUAAGCCACAACAACUGGCUUCGGCAGGUUCUGUUCACACCUGCCACACAGGCCGCAAGACAGGCAGCUUGCACUAUUGUGGAGGCUCUUACCACAAUCCCCAGCCGCAAGCAACAGGUUCUGGACCUGCUCACCAGUUACCUUGAUGAGCUGAGUGUUGCUGGAGAGUGUGCAGCAGAGUAUCUAGGUCUGUACCAAAAACUGAUCAAGCCAACGCACUGGAAGGUUUAUCUGGCUGCUCGUGGGGUCCUGCCCUACAUUGGUAACCUGAUUACCAAGGAAAUAGCCAGUCUUCUUGCUCUAGAAGAGGCUACACUGAGCACAGACCUACAGCAAGGCUACGCCCUCAAGAGCUUGACUGGACUGCUGUCUUCUUUUGUGGAGGUGGAGUCCAUUAAGCGCCAUUUCAAGAGUAGGUUGGUUGGCACAGUUCUUAACGGAUAUCUGUGUCUGAGGAAGUUGGUGGUGCAGCGCACCAAGCUGAUUGAUGAGACCCAGGACAUGCUCCUUGAGAUGCUGGAGGACAUGACAACAGGUACUGAAUCUGAAACCAAAGCUUUCAUGGCAGUUUGCAUAGAAACUGCAAAGCGAUACAAUCUGGAUGAUUACCGGACGCCCGUGUUCAUUUUUGAGAGACUGUGCAGCAUAAUCUACCCUGAGGAGAAUGAGGUGACAGAGUUCUUUGUGACUCUGGAAAAAGAUCCUCAGCAGGAGGACUUUCUGCAGGGUCGGAUGCCAGGAAACCCGUACAGCAGCAACGAGCCGGGCAUCGGCCCUUUAAUGAGAGACAUCAAGAAUAAGAUCUGUCAGGACUGCGACCUGGUGGCACUUCUUGAAGAUGACAGUGGCAUGGAGCUACUGGUAAACAACAAAAUCAUCAGUCUAGAGCUGUCUGUGGCUGAGGUCUACAAGAAGGUCUGGUGUCCAACAAAUGAGGGUGAGCCGAUGAGAAUCAUAUAUCGGAUGAGAGGUCUACUUGGAGAUGCCACUGAGGAGUUCAUAGAGUCACUGGACUCGACCACAGAUGAAGAAGAAGACGAUGAAGAAGUGUACAAGAUGGCGGGGGUCAUGGCCCAGUGUGGAGGACUGGAGUGUAUGCUCAACCGGCUGUCUGGAAUCAAAGAUUUCAAACAAGGGCGACAUCUGCUCACAGUUUUGCUGAAGCUGUUUAGUUACUGUGUGAAGGUCAAGAUCAACAGGCAACAACUAGUGAGACCUGACAUGAACACACUCAAUGUAAUGCUGGGAACUCUAAACCUGGCUUUAGUAGCAGAACAGGAGAGCAAGGACAGUGGUGGAGCCUCUAUAGCAGAACAGGUUCUGAGCAUCAUGGAGAUCAUUUUGGAUGAAGCUAAUGCUGAGAUUUCAGAGGACAAGGGUAAUCUGCUGCUCACAGGAGACAAAGAUCAGCUUGUGAUGUUGUUAGAUCAGAUCAACACCCCUUUUGUACGCUCAAACCCCAGCGUGCUGCAGGGUCUGUUGCGCAUCGUUCCAUACCUGUCUUUCGGUGAACUGGAGAAGAUGAAGAUUUUGGUGGAACGCUUUAAACCCUGCUGCAACUUUGACAAGUACGACGAGGAGCACAGUGCAGAUGACAAAGUGUUUUUGGACUGCUUCUGUAAAAUUGCUGCUGGAAUCAAAAAUAAUAGCAACGGCCAUCAGCUGAAAGAUCUCAUUCUUCAGAAAGGAAUCACACAGAGUGCACUGGACUACAUGAAGAAACAUAUCCCCAAUGCAAAAAAUUUGGAUGCAGAUGUCUGGAAGAAGUUCCUCUCUAGACCAGCUCUACCGUUCAUUCUUAGGUUGCUCCGUGGUUUGGCUACCCAGCAUCCUCCCACACAGGUGCUCAUAGGCACAGAUUCAAUAACCAACUUGCACAAGCUGGAGCAGGUUUCCAGUGAUGAAGGCAUUGGAACUCUGGCGGAGAACCUCCUGGAGGCGCUCAGGGAGCACAGGGACGUCAACUUGAAGAUUGAAGCAGCUCGCAGGGAAACCAGAGCUGAGAAGAAGCGAAUGGCCAUGGCCAUGAGACAGAAGGCCCUGGGAACUCUGGGCAUGACGACAAAUGAGAAAGGUCAAGUGGUUACAAAGACGUCACUUUUGAAGCAAAUGGAGGAGCUAAUAGAAGAGCCAGGUUUGACCUGCUGUAUCUGCAGAGAGGGUUACAAGUUCCAGCCAACCAAAGUCCUGGGAAUUUACACUUUCACAAAGCGUGUGGUCUUGGAGGAAUUUGAAAACAAGCCUCGCAAGCAGCAAGGCUACAGCACUGUGUCACAUUUCAACAUCGUCCACUACGACUGCCAUCUGGCAGCUGUCAGGCUGGCUCGUGGGAGGGAGGAGUGGGAAAGUGCUGCUCUUCAGAACGCCAACACCAAGUGCAAUGGACUGCUUCCUGUGUGGGGGCCACACGUGCCAGAAUCAGCUUUUGCUACAUGCUUAGCAAGGCACAACACAUAUCUUCAAGAGUGCACAGGCCAACGGGAGCCCACCUACCAGCUCAACAUCCACGACACCAAACUGCUGUUCCUUCGCUUUGCUACUGAACAGUCACUAAGUGUAGACUCAGGAGGCGGGGGCCGCGAGAGCAACAUCCACCUUAUUCCCUACAUCAUCCACACAGUGCUCUAUGUGCUCAACACUACACGAGCUACGUCACGAGAAGAGAAGAACCUGCAGAGUUUCCAGGAGCAGCCUUGUGAGAAAUGGGUGGAAAGCUCAUACGAGGUUGAAGGACCGCAUUAUUUCACCAUCUUGGCCAUCCAUAUUAUGCCACCUGAAAAGUGGAGGAGUUCACGUUUGUACUUCCUGCGAAGACUCCUGGUCGCUGCACAUUCUCGCAAGGUCUCUGCAGUCUCCACAAACAAACUCACAGAUAAAACGCCAAAGGAAUAUGCAGUUUAUCGCUCACCUCUUCUCUUCUGGGCCCUGGUGGAUCUUGUCUAUGACAUGUUCAGGAAAGUACCCACCAGCAACACAGAAGGGGGCUGGUCCUUCUCCCUGGCAGAAUAUGUCCGUCACAACGACAUGCCCAUCUACGAGGCCUCGGAGCGCGUGCUCAGAGCCUUCCAGGAUGAACUCAUGCCAGCCGAGUCCAUUUCAGAGUUCUUCGACGUUGUAGGUCUCCUUUCUGAAAUACCAUUCCCGGACCUCUUCAUGCAGGAUUUGUUGAACUCUUUGCCCUGAUUCAGCAUCAAACCACAUCCCUCAGACACACAACAACUUUAAAAUAAAAAUAAAGAAGUGCUGUUUACACACUGAGACACACACACAGUUAACAAACACCAUGCUUCCUGUUCAGCUACCACCCCCACAUGACAAAUUAAACUGUGUAGUCUACAAAGAGUAAUAAACAAAUAAAAACACUCGUCCACUUUUGGCAACAUCUCUGUAACACCAUUGAUGUUUUUGGCUGAAGAGGACACACUGAAGCAUAAUCUACGCUUUGCCCCCACUGAUCCAAAUUGCUUCAGUCUGAUUAAAGAAGAUUUGAUGUGUUUUUAUUAGCAAGUUUAAGGAAAAGAAACGUAGGAACCAACUGAUCAUUUAAGAUGUUUUGUGUGUUUUCACUUUACUGUCGAGAAAACUGAAGCUUCACUGUUCUUUUAUGGCAC